AAAUAUAUCGAUUAACCGCCACUGCCAAAUUAAACAUCGCUUCGAUCGAUAAAUAUUUCAAUUAUCAGCGAUAGUAUCGUUGAAUUACCGUUGUUAUGGUUACAUUCAAAAAAACUAAGCUGGCGUUUUUUUAUUCGCCUGACAAAAACCAACAAACUGUCGCACGAUAAACAACAAUUAGCCGAGGAAAAAUUAUAUUUUAAAUAAAAUUAUUGAUCCGCAGCAAACACACAGAUAUAACUUAAAUUCUAAUCAAGCUGAGUGCAAAGUUAACGUAUUCUUUUAGGUUUCAAAUUAUUUAGUUAGUUUGCAAGUGCUGCUGAACGCGUCGCAACAUGGUCAAGUCGAACAAGCAGCCGCGUCCGUUGCCUGUCACGGAUCGCAGCAGUGUCAGCGUCAGUGGCAGUGCCAACUAUAUGGAACACACCUACUGUGUGGUGCUGCAUGUCGUAGAAGCUAUCAAUUUUUAUGGUCGCGAGAUGAGGGAAGGGGAACGGGAACAGAUUAUUAUGAGUGCGGCCCUCAAUACUGUGGACUUUGAGGUGGAGGGCACGCCUUCAGUCACUGCCGAAACAAUUAUAUUCAAUAGCAAUUGCAUUUGGGAAUGCGAUAUGGCUGGCAUCAAACGCAUCAAGACGGACCAUCGCCCCGUCAAGGUAACCUUCUAUGCCUGCAGCAAUUCUGAGCGCAAGACCAUUGGAUCCCUGCUGCUGCCAGUGCGCGGCUUGCCAGUACUGGGCACGGGCGGCAAUAACAGUCCGCUGCAGUUGAAAAUGUUCUGGCACAAGCUGAUCUGUAUUAGUAAUGAGUUUCGCUCUCAUAAGCCCGAAGUGCUGCUUAUGCUGGCCAUAAUCAAAAAAUCUCUGCUACAUACUAAGGAUUUCAAGCAUCUGACGGCCUUUAAUAGUUCACAGGAGAAAGAAAGCCGCACGCCGCCGCUGCAGUCGCCCGGCCAUUCGAUCACCGCCAACAUGUUGCAGUCGCAGGCCAAUGUUUAUGUGCAGUCGCUGGUACAAUUGGGCUUGCUACAGGUGGGCAAUGAUCCUCUGGUCGAUUGUGACAUCAUCGAGGUGGUGUUGCAAUUCAAGCAGCUUAAAAAUCUUAACAAAUUUGUCAAAUCACUGUAUCAGGAGAAGGAUGCCGUAGAAACCGUGCUGUUAAUGUUCGACUUUGUGGGGAAUGUCACGAAUAUUGAACUUAAGCUAAACAAUACGGAUGCCUAUACGCUUAACGACGUGCUGGGCUUGCGAUUCAAGUCCUCUUUGCGUAGCAUACGGCUGUAUUUCCAGCGCAUAUUCUAUUUGCCCAUCAAUAUGUACAUUAAUGGAACUUCAAUAGCCAACUAUCGCAUGGACUUUGGUAAACUUCUGCCGCCAGACAAUUUUUUUGCAAACAAACGUAAAUAUGUGCAAAGCGGUUCUUUUGCUUUCGAGCGUUUUGGACGCAUGGGCAGUGCGCGCGAGCUCAAACCAAUAAUGGACUACACCUUUACUGUGGACAUACAGGAGGUGUAUUGGCGCCAGCAAGAGAAGGAGCCGGAACCGCAGCUGAAGCAGCAGCAGCUGCAUGAGGAACAGCUGGAUUUGCAGUCGGUGGGCAGCAAAGCUGUUAUACGGGAAGUUCCCAAGGAUCGGGCACAUGACAACGUGGUCGAUUGGAACCCAAAGUCUGAAAAACAAUCUGCAUCCACCAAUAGCUCACUAAAUAGUUUGAAUGUUGGUGCUGAGCUUUCGGCCUCGGAUGAACGGGACACCGCCUCAGAAUCGCCUCUGAGUGAUGCGCCCGACUCAGAUACGCCCGUAACUGUGCACACAUCCCAAACACGUCGCAGGAAGUUCACCAGGCUCCUAGUCGACAACCCAAAACAUGAAGAGGAAGAAGGAAAGGACCAUCAGUAUACCUCGAAGGUGGUCACUAGAAAGUUGUCCACAAGAUUUGAGCUUGAGGAUGAGCAGCUGCCGGAGAAUUAUUUGAUGGAUUUGCCUGAUGAUAUUGGCUCCGAUUCUGAGCUUUAUGCGUGUUACAGCAAUACAAGUUUAAAAAAAGAAGAGGACUGUUUGCCGGUGCGCUCAGAGAAGGCAAGGGAACUUAGAAAACAUAAGCCCAGCAAUUCAGAUGAUCGUUGUUUAGAGGAACAGCUAUCUAAAAAGACAAGGAGUGAAAAGAACCGGAAUCCUAAAGAAAUUGAUUCGCAAAGGAGUUUUCAAAAGCCCAUACAGCCUAUGGACGCAAGGACUACCAGGUUUUUGCAGGAAGAAAUGCAGCUCAGAGAGAAUAUAGCUAAACGGGUCGGAACAAAACCGACUGUUGAUGAUGUUGAUGAAUAUCAGAUUAACGACGGAAAUAUCGAUGAUUCAUGGGUUGAACUGGGGCAGGAAAAUGAUAAAUUUUCACCACAAAUGACAAAGGAAGGUCGCCCUAGACGGACAGUCAAAUCUAAGCUGGUGGAAGGCGAUGAAGUUCCAUUAGAAGCAAAAACUACGCCUAGAAUAAGAAAAUCUAGAUUGCUCGCAGUGUCUGCUGAGGUUGAUGAAAUGGACACAAGCUGUCCAGAUGCCACAUUAAUUAAUCUUAAAGAAGAACGCAUUAAGACAACCGUCAAAAAACUUUCAGCGGAUGAUCCUUUAGGAAUUCAACCGAAAGUCAUACGCAAAAAGAAGAUUAUCUCAAAAACAGAAGAGUUUGAGUUAUUGGAAAACAACGAGCUGUCAAAUACCAAUCCACGUAAACCAGCCAAGCCAGCUGAUGAAAGUAAGUAUGUGGCUUCACAGGGUAGUCUAGAUGCAGUUGAGCCUGACAUAGACUAUGUAAGUCAGAAACUGAAACGUGUUUCCCGAGAUGGACUUGGCGGAAAGCCAAUAAAUAAACUUGUCGAUCAGUCAUCAGAUAUGGAUACACUAACGGAAACUGAUGAACUGGAAGAAUUCCUCCAAAAACCAAGCGCACAAAAGAAUAAAUCAAAGCAAAGCAUUAAAGCGGAAACUAAAACUUUUGAGACAGUUUUAAUCAAGAAAACAUCAAAAACAAAGAAGCCUCCAAUGUCAAAAACCGAUCUUUCUCUAAGCGCUCGAUGGGUGGAGGUGAGCAAGGAGCAGACAAAAGCUUUGGAGGAAACAGAGCAGUAUAUCGAGGCUACUUGCAAAGCGGAGCUGGAUGAAACUUAUUUUAAAAAACAACACUCAGAGGGCCACAAGAAGUCUACAAAUAAUAAUCUUGAGCGAUCGUCCCGCACAAUUCAAAGACAAAAUAUUGAAUAUAAGGAUGUAAGUAAAUGCUCGGAAAUGGAACCAAGUAUUGAAAGUUCCAUAAUAGAGGAACCCUUUAAACAGCCAAAGCUUGAGCGCAAAGUAUUAAAAAAGAAAAGGUCGGCUGAUCUCCGAAAGGAUCAGGAGUUAAUGGUUACUCAAAUGCAAUCGGAAAUGGAAACAAGUGUUAAUAAUUCCAUAACAGAGGAACCAUUUAAGCAGAAAACAUCUGUCGAGCAAGAAAAGAAUCAGUCGAGGCUCAACACAAACAGAUCACAAAAACUGGUUCUGCAAGAAACGGAAAAUGUGACAUCAGAAAUGGAAUCUGUAGAGCUUGAGAAAGCCAAUUUAAUACGUAAGCAUGAGAGAAAAUCCAGACGAGUUGUUAAGCAAACAUCAUUGCAAAAGUAUUUGGAUGCGGAGGAAGCAUCUCUAGCGGGACUGCCUCAGGAUUCGGGCGACAAGGCUGAGCAGCCUAUUAAGAAGCGCACGGUCAAGGCAACACCGUUCGCGCCAGCAAAGGUAGAGUCUAGUGAAUUGAAGCCGAUAGAAAGGAACAAACCUAUGAAGCAGAGAACAACUAAAGCGUCUGCAGUUUCCAGCUUGGAGCAUGAUCUUAUUAAUAAACUUUGUGACGUUAAGAAAACUUUCGGCGAAUCCCAGUUGGAAGCCGACGCAAAGGUCUCUCGCUUGGAAGUCACAGUUCACAUGUAUGAUCAAACGAAAACCCCGGCAGUUGAGGCAGCAAAAGCAAGCGCCACUUGUGUUAAUCAGAGUGUCAACACGGAUAUCACCAAUAUGGAUGAGAGCAUCAAGCAAAUUCUGGCAGCCGGUAAGCAACUGCAGGAUGAAAUGCAGCGCAAGGCGUUGGAGUAUAUGGACAAUCUUGACCAGCGCCGUUCUGAAACAGAUAUAUCACAGCAGCCCGUGGACAACCAGGCCCACAAUAGCGUCAACGAAGAGUCCAACGGCUGUGCCAAUUACGAGUGCAAAUUUUAUGAGCUGGAGCAGCACAUACUCGUGCUGGAGCAGCAUUUGCGUAAAUUUGAAAGCCGUACACAGGAAAUGCAGCAGAUGAACUUCACGUUGGCUCAGGAGAAGAUGAAGCUAAAGGAACGCAUCGCACUUAUGGAGCAACAAAUAGCCCAGCUGUGCCAACAGGGCGCCAGUGGCAACGAGCUACAGCAGGUGCUAAGCGAGAUGCGCAUACAAAACGUGCGCUACAUGGACAUGUCCAAGGCCAAGGAUCGCUACAAGAAGCAAUGGCGACGCAGUGCCAAGCGCGUGCACGCCCUCAAGCUAGCCAUGUAUGAGAAGAAAGUGGAGCACGAAAAGAACAUGCCAGCCAACGUGCUCAAUCUAAAAAAUAUUCUCACUCAGGACGCCGAAGAGUUUGAGCGUGAGUAUGGUCGUUUUCGUAGAUCUGGAACAGCGCUCAGCUUUUCCGCUUCCGGUGACUCGUCGGAGCCCUUGCUGAAGGAUUAUCUACGUGGUCUUUCCAGCCAAACAGUACACCAGCACAAGCCGACGAAUCACGUGGACAGCACUCGAAUGCAUUAGCCCCGUUUUCAUUUAACGAAAUUAUCUGUGAUUUAUGGUUAUUUUACUUUAUGAUUCUAGGUUAAUUUCUAAUUUGCGUUACUUCUUCGGUUCGUGAUUAAAAUUUCUGUUUUAUUUCAAAAAAACUACGCCUUUGUUAAUAGGUAUAGUCUAGUUUUCAUUGAAGAAUGCAUUGAGUUUUGAAUGAUCCUAGCUCAAGCUACUAUAUGUAAGGUGAACUAAUGUCCUUGCUAUAAUAAGAUUUAUAUGUUUUAGAUUAAGUAAAUACUUCUUAAGUGAUUAAUUGGAUUUUAUUAUUAUGGUCCUAACAAAUACCUAACAAAAAGGUUGAAUGUUGCCACUUCCACCUAGCAGCAUUAAAAAUGCUUGAAAAUAUUUGGUUUUAACAUAAUUAAUUAUUCACCACAAAGCUGUUCAACGUGGCGAUGCCAAUAUGUUACAUAGAAGUAGAUAUAUUAUUGACAUUGGCAAAACUUUGGCUAAGUUUUUAUAUUCAAUCGCUCAAAAUUCAAUUUCAUGUCAGGUUUAACCACUUGUCAAGCAGCAGGAAAUAAUGUGUAUUAAAAUAUUAUUUUCUGUUUAAUUCUUUAUGACAAUGUAUUUUAAUUAAUACUAAGAACCGUAACUACUCCAACUGAAAGCCCACACGCAAAAAAUGAGGCAACGUGUUCAGCGGUGCAGAGUAUUCCAUGAGCCACACUGGCCCCUUGUAGACGUCCUGAGUGUUUCCAUCUGUCCAUUCGCCCUUGGGCAGAUAAAUGUCACGAAUUGUGGCGUUUUCCAUAAUGACUGGAGCCGCAAUAAUGU